UGCAUAGCAGUGAGUUUAGGCUCCUUAAACCGAGUUAAGAGGCCAUUGAGCUACAUUUAUAGCUUAAUAUGGCUCAAAGCUGGAUCAUGCGAAGUUGCUCGUUGAUCAUUUGAAGUGAAGAAUGUGUACAAGUGCAUUUAAGACCAGGUUUGAAAACACUUCACCUUCUCAUGCAGGAAAUGCCAGUGGAUAAGGUUGCAGAAGCAUUGGUUGUUGGCUUAGGAGAGAGCAAACAUCUGUGCUGUCAUAGACAGCCCUUCAAAAGUGAGUAGAGGUGCUGGCAUUUGCUGGAAAUCAGAUCUCAAGCUAGCUCAAUUUAAGGUCCCGUCAUCUUAGACGGUCUUUAAGACAUGUCUUCUAACCAUGUGACACAUGUAUUAAACCAUGGAUGGUGCUGGUUUUCCGAACAGGUCUCACAAUUAAGUUAGAGCAGCUUGACAAGUUACCUGGGCUUUGCAUGGUAUGAAGGACAGCUUGUGGCUACUUCAUUCCUUGGCUGCUGACUGCUUGUAGAGGUCAAUACCAAAACUACUACAUCAUUUUUGGUUGGGAAGUCUUGAGUGUGUCUGCCAUAUGUCACUAGUUCAGAAAGAGCUGGGGAAGUAUGCCUUUAAAUGUUAGUAAUGCAAUAACGGAGUUUGUUUUAUUUAUUUAUUAAACAUGUCCAAGUAUUAGAGAUUCUUUCAAGUCUUUCUCUUGGCUCCUCUUGCUACUUUUUAUGAGAUGAGAGUUCACAGUGAUCUGCUUGACAUCUAAAAAAAAUUAAGAGAAACAGAGAUGGAUAGGACUGCCCCUAAAGAAGGUAAGGGUUUUUGGGCCUCUGUGGAAAAACAGUAGUGCUUUCAGAGUGCUCAUACCAGUGGCCAUGAUGGAAGCCAUGGUAGCUCCUUUUUUAAUGACAGAAAAGCUCCUUGGGUAAACAGCGGUUAGCCCUGAACUGAGGAAUACAAUCAAGGGGCAGUAUGACAAUCUCUCUCCUGGUUUUAUUGGACCAGAACAUGAUUGGGUUGGUUAGGGAAAGGGGGACUCUUAUUAUGAAGUGGCUCCCCUGGUGGUGAGAGAGGGAAACAGAAAGAGGGACCGACCUUUAUUGAGAGAGCAGCUCCAACGAACGGCAGACAUUUUCUGACUGUCCUGCGGAAGGCAGCUGGUGUGGCUGCCAAUCAGAUGAGGGUUGAGGAGCUAGGCAGGGGUGGGGGAGGGGCAGCAGUGGGAAGAGCCUGGAUUUUGCUGUAAUUACUGCACCUUCUGACCACCUUCUUUUGAGCCUGGCUGCUGAAAAUUCCCACAGUAGAUGUUGAAGGCUGCCAAUGUCCACACAUUCCCUGAUAGCUUCAUGGUUCUGGAUUGACGAAUGAGCUCAGAGAGCGAGCACAGGGAGGGCCUGCCGGUUUGGUCAAGGGGGUUUUGGGGAAGAAAGAAUCCAUGAAGACAGAGAGCAUGAAGGACGCUCACAGCGAACUACAAGAAGGGGGCGACGGGGCCUGCUUGAGUAGGUUGGCAGAACCUUCCAAAAACAACACUGAUAUGAAUGGGACCGAUGAGGGUGCAGAAGCAAGAAAAGCUCAGCGGGGCCAUGCCGUCCAAGGGCCACCUGUCCCAUCGCAAGCUACGGAGAAUGGGCUACCAGAGACUGAUCCCCCUCAUGGCUCCACCAUGGGCAGUAAUGGAUAUAUUCUCAGUAAGGGUCAGGAGGACUCACCGGCUGCCCAGCAUAGGACUAGCUGGUCCCCCAUGGGGACUUCGACUGCAGGGCAUGCCUCUAAAACACUCCCUCCUUCAGCAACACAACAGCCCCAGGGCCUGGGAACUCUAAGGAUCGAUACAGGGCCCAGCUUGGCAGAGGGGCGCUCAGAAAAAGAGACUAAGAAUGGCAUGGCGUCGAAAACACCUCCGCCUGUAACGAUACACAGAGCACGCAAAACCAUGUCCAGGCCAGCCUCGAAUCAGCCACUAAAGAUUUUAAACAGGGAAACAAAAGAGCCAAGUGUGGUGAAACCUGAGAGAGUAGAUGGAGCUGAACCUGGGCCACCUCCACAGAUCCCUCCCACUCAGAACCAGCUACCUCAGAGCCAAACAGAUGCCACACCAGCCAAGCCACACACAGUAGCAUCCGUGUUGAGAAAGAAGAAGAGAAAGAUGGGAACGUACAGCCUCAUUCCCAAGAAGAAGACCAAAGUCCUGAAGCAGCGCACAGUACUGGAGAUGUUCCAGCGUAUCUCACAAUCUCCACCCAGUCCUCAGCAGCCAAAAGAGGCUGUACAGGUCAAUGGAGAGCAGGGAGAGAAUGAGUCUGAGGAAGAGGAGUCGGAGGAGGACUCGGAGGAGGAAGAUGACUUGACUGGAGAAGAGACUGUCCCAGCAUCUCAGGAGGGCAGCAGAAUACCUUCUGUCCCACAGCUUGGUGAUGAGCAAGAGUCUGAGGAGUCUGCAGAAGAAGAAGGUGAAGAAGAGGAAGAGGAAUCUGACUUGAGUUUGGAAUCUAGCUUGAAGAAGAAGUUGAAAAAAAAAUCCAAGGGAGACAACCCAUGGCUACGGCCAGCCCGGAAACGCAAGAAGAAGUUAAAGUCUAAGUCCGAGGGAAUUCCUGGUGUGGAUGUCCAGACUCAGUCAGCGGCUCAGAGCCCAGGCCAAGCCCCUGCCUUGACCCCGGUUCCAGGCCCUGCCUGUUCCCCCACACCUGAUGACCAAGGCAAAGAGUACACGGAGGUUCCAUUAGACUCAAUCGACCUGGAAGCCCAAGAACUUCUACUGAAUACUCAGACCACAGGCGCAUCGGGGCCACCAGCGGGCGCUGCCACUGACAUGGUGCAGGAGCUCCCUCUCUGCAGCUGCCGUAUGGAGACGCCCAAGAGCAGGGAGAUCCUCACACUGGCUGACCGGAAGUGCAUGGCCACUGAGAGCGUGGACGGACAGCUGAGCCGCUGCCAGAGUGCUGUGCUGAAGCACGAGAUGAUGAGGCCGUCGAACUCUGUGCAGCUGCUAGUGCUAUGUGAGGAGCACCGCACGGGAAUGGUGAAGCACCAGUGCUGCCCGGGCUGCGGCUAUUUCUGCAGGGCGGGAACCUUCAUGGAGUGCCAGCCAGAAGUGAACAUCACCCACCGUUUCCAUCGGUCCUGUGCGUCAGUGCUGAAGGGCCAGAGCUUCUGUCCACACUGUGGUGAGGAUGUCAGCAAAGCCAAGGAAGUCACCAUUGCCAAGGCUGACACCACUUCCACCGUGCCCCCCAGCCAGGGCCCCAGCACUCCGGGCACCUCGGAGGGUAGGGCGGACACCACCACUGGAGGGCCAUCUCACCUCUCUUUGCCUGGAGAGGGUAAAGCAGACAGCACCUUAUCCAGAGCUCCAGAAGCUGUGGAUGGGUCUGCUUCUCCAGGGACCAGCAGACCAGGGCUUUUGGGUUCAGUAGCAGGGACUGGAUUUUCAGCAGGACCCCCUAAAGAGACUUUGGAAACCAUCCUACUUGCACUGGAUUCAGAGAAGCCCAAGAAGCUUCGCUUUCAUCCAAAACAGCUGUAUAUUUCUGCCAAACAGGGAGAGCUGCAGAAGGUCUUACUCAUGCUGGUGGACGGAAUCGAUCCCAACUUUAAAAUGGAGAGCCAGAGCAAGCGCACACCACUCCAUGUAGCAGCUGAGGCUGGACACCAAGAGGUCUGCCACAUGUUGGUCCAGGCCGGUGCUAACCUAGACAUAUGUGAUGAAGACCAGCGCACGCCUUUGAUGGAGGCCUGUGAGAACAAUCACCUAGAGACAGUGCAGUACCUACUGAGGGCUGGAGCCAUUGUCUCGCACAAGGAUGGUGAAGGCUCUACCUGCCUUCACCUUGCUGCUAAGGUUGGACAUUUUGGUAUUGUGGAGCAUUUGCUGUCUACAGGUUUUGUAGAUAUUAAUUGUCAGGACGAUGGAGGCUGGACAGCAAUGAUUUGGGCAACGGAGUACAAACACAUAGAACUGGUCAAGUUGCUGCUAUCAAAAGGUGCUGACCCAAACAUCAGAGACAAGGAGGAGAAUAUCUGUUUGCACUGGGCAGCAUUCUCUGGCUGUGUGGAGAUUGCGGAGAUUCUCCUGGAGGCCCGGUGUGAUCUUAACACGGUCAACGUCCAUGGAGACUCACCUCUGCACAUUGCAUCACGGGAGAACCGGCUGGAAUGCAUCAUCUUGUUUCUGUCGCGUGGGGCUGAUGUGAGCCAAAAGAACAGGGAAGGAGACACGCCCAUGGAGUGCUGCAGUCAGAACUCCAAGGUGUGGAGCACACUGCAGGCCAGCAGGAGGCAGAGGGAGACCAGCGGUGACGAGAGUUCUCCAGGAGAGAAACUCCUCAACAGGGACAUAGCACGGGGCUACGAGAGAGUACCUGUCCCAUGUGUAAAUGCUGUGGACAGUGAGGCUUGUCCUGAUGACUACAAAUACGUCCCUGACAACUGCGUCACCUCCCCCAUGAAUAUUGAUAAAAACAUUACUCACUUGCAGUAUUGUGUUUGCAAAGAUGACUGCUCUUCAGCCACCUGCAUGUGUGGCCAGCUCAGUCUGCGCUGCUGGUAUGACAAGGAGAGUCGACUGCUUCCGGAAUUCUGUUGCGAGGAGCCGCCUCUCAUUUUUGAGUGCAACCAUGCCUGCUCCUGCUGGAGAACCUGCAAGAAUCGCGUCGUUCAGAACGGACUUCGGACCAGACUGCAACUGUUCAGGACUCAGAACAUGGGUUGGGGCGUUCGCACGUUACAGGAUAUUCCUCGAGGAACGUUCGUCUGCGAAUACGUGGGUGAGAUCAUCUCGGACGCGGAGGCCGACGUCAGGGAGGAUGAUUCCUACCUUUUCAGCCUGGACAGCAAGGCCGGGGAUAUGUACUGUAUCGAUGCUCGUUUCUACGGCAACAUCAGUCGGUUCAUAAACCACCACUGUGAGCCGAACCUGUUUCCGUGCCGAGUGUUCACCUCACACCAGGACCUGCGCUUUCCGCACAUCGCCUUCUUUGCCAGCAAGAACAUCAGCACUGGGGACGAGCUAGGGUUUGAUUACGGCGAUCACUUCUGGGACGUGAAGGGCAAGCUGUUCAGCUGCCAGUGUGGCUCGUCUCAGUGCAAGCACUCAGCAGCGGCCGUCGCACACCAGCAGGCAGACAGCACGCCGGGCGAGCAACAGACCACCACCCUCCCGGACACCAGCUCGUCCAUCACGCCCCCGAGCCCCAGCUGAGCCCCCCCCGGCCUGGGCUCCCCCGCCUUCCCCGCCUUGCCUGGGCUACCGUUCCUUGCCCUCUACCAGCUGCCCGCACCAUCACCUCCGUCACCAGCACACCCCGGCAGUGCCCAAGUCAUGUGGGGAGUCCUGGGAAGCAGCCUGCCUGCACCACAGGCCUCUCACUCCAACCUCGCCGCCUGCCUGACGGAGGGGCAUGCACGCAGACCGAGAAACUGGGCGUGCUCGGUAGAGGAGACGGACGGACACAGACUGACUUGUCAGCGUCUAGUUCUUCUGGUUUAGGAUGGCAUUUGUUUUCCUGUUGCAAGGGGCUGCCACAUACAAGCUUGCGCGCGUGAGCUAAACUGUGCCAAGUUGCCCUGCAGGAUUCCUCAUCACUCUGUAUCUGUUUGGAGCGUGUGAGAGCUCAUGUCAUUCUGUCACCUUCUGUUCCCUGCAGCCAGUGUCCACGCACAAUUCAGUGACCAAGAUGUGUUUACUUCACGUCAACCUUUUUUGGAACAUCUGGGACGCAUUCACUCACAGCACACUGACCUUUCUCAAGGACUUCACUUUCCAGGCAUUUAUGAUGACAAACAUUUGAAAUUCCAAAUUAAAUUGUUGGCUAAAUAUUUUGAAAUUCAAUCAGGUUUUUUUUUUUUUUUUUAUAUAAAACCCUUCAAGUUAUUGUAUUUUUUUAAACCGCUUCGUAGCAUAUCCCGAUUGUUUGAUGAUCGAUUAUAUUGGAAUAGUCUUCACGUGCAAAUCGAUACCAGUAUGUUCCAAGCCCAGUCUUAAUGCUUUGUGGACCACACUGAGCUCAUGUGGUUAUUAUUGACUCAUUUGCAGACAAUUCUGAACAUCUGUUAAUGUGGUUAAACUCUCAUAGCUGCUGGCCGCUUGUUAGCGUAUUUGCAGAUCUCUUUUGCUGAUCAGUACCCAUCUGUUGGGUUUGUUCUCCUAGCCCGACACAGACAAGGGGAGGUUCUGGAAGUCUCGGUGAUAAACUGCCCAUUUUGAAUCAUCUCCCGCAUGUUGCUGGCUUCGACAGGUUUGCCUAAUAUGAAAUGCACACCUUAUUCUAUUCAAUUGCUAUAAUUCCUGAGCUGGUUUGAUUUUGGUUUUGCUUCAGUCAUGCCAGCCCAUUGGCCCUUCCUGUGCUGUAGGAGUGGACUGCUCUAAACACGUUUGUGGUUUCCAUGGCUUGGCCCUCCCUGCUACCUGUCCAGAAAUGUUGCUGUUUCGAACAUUUCCUCUCAACAGCAACGAUCCUUUUGUAUUUCUCUUGAUUAACAUGGCAAGACUUCAAUAGUUUGCUUAAAAGACCAUGAAAAAUCAAACUACAGACAUUUUGGUCAAAGAAUGUGUGGCUGGACAAUAGGAUAUUGCAAAUGGUGCUGAAAAAAGGUUUUGUUUUAUGUUAUUUUUUUAUUACUCACUAUGAGAAUACAAGAUGUAAAAUAAGAUGAAGCAAGUGUUGCUUUUUUCUUCAUUUUUACACUUAAAUUUACCUCUGGUUUUCUAACUCUAGUCGUCAUCGUUAGCCUGUUCCUAUUUUGUUAAAUGCGUUCAUGUUGCUAGUGAAGCUAUUAUUCUGUCGUUUUAAAUGUUGGUAGUAUAGUCACGUUAUUUGUGCUGAUUCUGACAUGUAGAUCCAAAACACUGCAAAAUGAAAGGAAAAAAUGUUACAUAUUUCUCAAGGUAGACACGAUGCUCCAAUGCAUCGAAUGGUUGUAUAUUUUUGUUUGUUUUGGGUUUUUUUUCCUUCAAUAAAUGUACUUCUAAUAAAACAGGUAAAAAUAAUCUUUUGACUAACAACUACUAAUACUGCCGAUGUCAGAUAUUUCCAUUUACUUCAGCUGUGCACUACCUGCCUUGCUGUAAGCAAGCACUGGCUGGGACUGAAUAAACGACUGCCACAGACUAACCAGGACCAACUAAGUAACCAGGUCCUACUAAAUAAACAGGACUAAGUAGCUGGUACUGACUAAGUAACCAGGACUGACUAAAUUGAAAAAUGUUGAAGAAUCCACGCAGUACUGCCAAAGUUCAGCUUCAUUUGCCACAGAGAACUUGCUCAUGUUUAAACUCUCAUGCAUGUAUGAGCUUAAGAAUGCAACUAACAUGAAGGGCUUUUCGGUCUCUGUCAAGUUCCAGGGCUGAUCUGCAGGUUUUUACAGGUGAGUGUUUUUUCUUUUAUUCUUAAACACUCAGUUCUUAUCUUUGAAUUUUGAAUCUGCACCACUAUGAACAAGGUCAAAGUAAGCCAGUGCUCCAGAACAAAGUGAAACAUGAAGCAGGAAGUCUCUGAUUGUUCCCCAGCAGUCUUUUCAGUUUCUAAAAAUGAUAUGAUGGUUCUCUUCCUGAUUAUGGAGAGAAAUACUUGAUUCAGAGAUAAGUCAAACAGGGGACUGGGGAAAAGGCUUUUAAGGAGCCAGACAGGAAACUGCCUUUCCGCAUUCCACAGAGCCAAAUCUAGAGGCCCAGUUCCUGUGUCUUCAUCUUUUAGUGUCAAGUGCAUUGGGGAGGACUGCUUUGAGUGCAUCCACUUUCUGAGUAUGAGCCUAUUGGCACCCGAGAACUCGGAUCUUAAACGUCCUAAAGCAACAAUAUUAAGGGCCGACAGCAAGCCAUGAGAGGAGCGGAGCACCAAAGCUCCAAAUGGACGGAACGGAGAGCCACAGUGGUGUACGGUAGGACCACCUUGGCUUCCCAGCUGUGACUGGUGUAGUUUAUGCAUUGAAUUACCAGCCUUUACCUAAUCCAGCUAACGGUGCAUGUACUUGUUUUAAUGUAACUUUAUUUAUCUUCUAAUACGUAAACCAUCACCUUUUGGCACUUAACACUUUUGAGUUGACAGUGUAAUUACAUUAGGGGUCUAUGCACUUGUGUGAGAGAGUAAUGGUAACGCACCUUUUUUUCUUUCUUUCUUUUUUUUGCACCAUGUACGUAGAUUAUAUUCUUUGCAGAUUAAAUAAAACUGAAUUCAAAUGUUACACUUAAGAUCAUGAAAACAUUUUGUUAGAAAUUCACUGUAAAUUCCAGUUAAACCAUGGGCCUUUUAGGUGUGUAAUGUUUGUAAAUGAAUUCCUAAUAAAAGUAUUUUGUGCUAAA